AAUUUGCACAUCUACUCGGCCCAUGUCACGUCAUGGGACUGCCCGUGGGAGCGCCGCGAACCGACGAAGUCCAGUGGCAGUUGAAAGCAACGAAGCUUUCGAAGCGUUCUAUCGAAAGCAGGGGGUGGUUGCUGAGGAGCUUUGGGAUGAUUUCAUACAGACCUUGCGGACACCCAUGCCCGUGGUGGUGCGUAUCAACCGGACCAAACCACAUUGGGAGGAGCUUCACAACUCCUUCGCAGAGGACCUACGCUGGUCGCAACUGCCGUGGUUUCCCGGCGCCUGGCAGUGCGACGCCAAGGACUACGACGAUGCGCUGCGGUCGCAGUGCUCGGCACUGAACAAGUCCUAUGCCCUGCGCUUUCAGGAAGCUGCAUCAUUAGUGCCGCCCUUGCUACUGGAGGUGAAGCCUGCAGAUUUGCUCUUGGACCUUUGUGCCGCACCAGGCAGCAAAACCUUGGAAUGCAUCGAACUCAUGCGGGAGAAUGGCCACAAGUCAUCUCAGGAUGGGGAAACUGGUGUGGUCAUUGCCAAUGACGCGGAUGCUGAACGCUGUUUCGAACUCUUGCCCCUCAUCACGCGCAAGGCUCGCUAUCCGGGUUGCGCAGUGGUCCUGGGAAACGGUGCCAAGUAUCCAGCGCAGUUCCGAGGUCAAGACGACCAACUGCUGUAUGACAAGGUGCUUUGCGACGUCCCGUGCAGUGGUGAUGGCACUCUCCGGCGGCGACCACACUGUUGGAAGUCCUGGUCGGUGGACUUUCCCUUGACUUUGCAUCAGAAACAGCUACUGAUCCUCUGUCGCGGCCUGCACUUGUUGCGACCGGGUGGGCGCCUGGUCUACUCCACCUGCAGCAUGAAUCCCAUUGAGAAUGAGGCAGUGGUGACUGCUGCCCUCGCUCGUUUUGGCGGCGACGUUCGCUUGGCACCCAGCGAUGUGCCCAAGGAGUUGCGGGUGGCGAAGUGUCUUCAGACUUGGUGGGUGCCUGAUCCUCAAGAUUCAGGCUGCUUCUACAAGUCUUGGAUGGAGGUGCCAACAUCGCAACGAAAACCUUCGGGGAUUUUGGUAGAAAGUAUGUUCAGCUCUGGCGAACUCGAUCCACGUGGAUGUUUUCGACUGAAUCCGCAUGAAAUUGAUGGGUCUGGUUUCUUCGUGGCAAUCUUCACCAAAACUGCGCAUCGAAGCUUUCCGGUGCAGAUUCCAUCAUCUCGCCUGAUGCCGGAGAUUCCUUGGAGGGCUAGGAAUGAAAACAAUCGCUAUACCGUGGUCUCAACUGACAACUCGGAUGUACAAUCCAUUGUGAAAUUCUAUGGCCUGCGAGACUUACCCGGACCGUUGGUGGCAGAGUACAACAUCAAGGGCAAGUUGACCCAACUGAAUCUGGUGAAUUCUGCUCUACUUCAGCUUUUGCAAAGUCAUUUGAACUGCAAAGGCUCCCCUUUGUUGGUAUCCUUAGGGAUCCCCUUGUUCAAAGUCUUGGAUGACAACUUCAUGACCAACAUCGACGUGCCGCGUUGGCGUCCAGCCAUGGAAGGGGCCCAGAUUUUGGCGCAGAAGAUGGAGAAACGGGUGCUGCGAAUCAGCUUGGAACAGAUGAGGAAGUUAUUGAUGAAACGACUUCUUCCCAUGCAAUCCUUGCUGACUUUGGGAACCGGCAAUGAGUUGAAAGGUCUGGAGAGUUGUGAGGAGAAGUUGGGUGGCGCCGUGGUGGGAACGAUGGACGGAACCUUCUGGGUGCCCUGCAUCAUCACAGGCAGCGGGCUGGAACUCUAUGCCUCUUUGGAGGAGGUUGGUGAUCCCCUUCCCAAGUUGUUACCGCCUCUGCGGCCACCGGUGAUCUCCGCAACGGAGGAGGUGAUGGUCUUGGACAAACCCAGUGGCCUUAGAACGGAGGAUGCCUUGCGUUUUGUUCAGCAGAAGCAUCCAGGCGCCGAGCUGGUUUCCAGGUUGGACAAGGAAACCAGCGGAUGCCUAUUGAUCCCCCUGACAGCGUUGAGCGCGAAAGAGUUCACACAACAAUUUGCGGGAAACAAGGUGCAGAAGUGCUACGUGGCCGUGGUUCAUGGCCAUCCACCUGAGAAGGGUCACAUUACAGAAGCACUGCGCUUGGUACAGCUGGGGGGUGGCACCAAAUACCGCGCCUUUGUGGAUGACACUGGGAAGGUGAGAAGAUGUUGGAAGAUGUUGGAUGUGGGCCGAAUUUUGGGAGUAUCAAGGAUGGCGAAUCUUCACCAGCUAUAA